UGCUAUAACGUUAUAUGCGUCUUCAUAUAUAUGAAUUAAUAAUGAUCAAACUACGAGUCUAUGUGACAAUAUGGCACGAAUAUUAAACAUUAAACGAUUCUCUAUAAAAAUAAAAAGUUGAUAGAUGAAGUAAUAUUCGUAACAGAACAUGCUUCUAGUACUUUCUAGGGCACAUCUGAUCCCAAGGUUCUCACGCGUGACUGGUUAAAAUGCCCGGGCUGCAUAGUGAAGGUGGAGUGGUGGCUGCAGCGGGCAGUCCUGUAAAGAAAAGCAAACUCUCUCUGAAAUUCUUCCAGAAGAAGGACACCAAACGAGCCUUGGACUUCUCAGAGGCCCCAGCAGAAGACAGCAGUACCGCUGAACCAGAAGAGACUACUAAUCAUGAUCAGGUUGUGCCAAUGCCUUGCCCUUCAUCUCCUCUUACUUGUGAGAAGCAUGAAAGCCUGGUGCCCUUUGUAGGGCUUAAUAAUUUGGGGAACACCUGCUAUCUGAACAGCAUCCUUCAGGUCUUAUAUUACUGUCCCGGUUUUAAAGAGGCCAUCAAAUCUUUGUGUCAUUUGGCAAAGCUGAAAGACAGACAGCAAGAAGAUGGUGCCAAAAAUGAGGAGGACUCUGGAGAGAACACCCUACCUGUUCCCAUGGAGCUGCUGGGCAGUUUCCACAGCCUCAUCUCUUCUGUGGAACAGCUGCAAUCCAGCUUCCUGCUUAACCCUGAAAAAUACAGCGACGGAGAGCUUGCCACACCACCCCGCAAGCUGCUUAACACGCUCAGGCAGCUCAAUCCAAUGUAUGAGGGUUACUUACAACAUGAUGCACAGGAGGUACUGCAGUGCAUCCUUGCAAGUAUCCAGGAGGCAUGUGACACUAUCAAAAAAGAACAAACAGACAACCAGAAGGACAGCGCAAUGAGCAAUGGAACGGGGGAGACUACCCACGAGGAUGAUGGGAGCUCUGACGGUCAGCUGAGUGGAAAGAGAAAGAGCGACACAGAAGCAGGCAAUGCCAAGAAGAAGCCAAAAUCUCAAAGCAAGUCAAAGAAAAAUGAGGAAAACAUGCCUAUGACCCGCUCUAAACGCAAGUCCUCCAGUGACAUAUCCACAGAGAGUUCGGAUACUAACCACCGGAAUGGAGCAGAAGAGCGAGAGGAAAAGGAGCAAGAGAAGGACAUAGGGAGCACCACAGAGGAAGAGAAGAAUGAUAGUCCUCCCAAAGAGGUGGGAAAGAGGACAAGGAGAGGGAAGCUGGGCUGGUUGAAACCAUCUGGGAAGCAGCCUAGUAUAUUCUCGAAGUUCCGCAGCAUGGGACGAAUUACUUCACAUGUAGGAGGGAGAGGGGAAACCAAGGAGAAAUCAGAUUGUAGUGCCCAAGAGAAGGAGGAAAAGGAAGCCUCUGAGAAUGAGAGCAGAACUCAAGAAGUUAAACAGAGUCUGGGAAAGAAUGAAGAGCGAUCAGGCCUGGAUGUGCUGAAGUGGAUGUUCCAGGGUCAGCUGGUGCUGCGGACACGUUGCCUGGAAUGUGAGUGUUUCACAGAGAGGAGAGAGGACUUUCAAGAUAUCAGCGUACCUGUGCAAGAGGACGAGACCACCUCUGACUCCAGUUCUGAAAUUUCUCCAGAUCCCAAGCCUGAGCUGAAAACACUAAAGUGGGCCAUAUCUCAAUUUGCAUCUGUUGAGCGGAUAGUGGGUGAAGAUAAAUAUUUCUGUGAGACCUGUCAUCACUACACCGAAGCUGAGAGAAGUCUUCUGUUUGACAAAACACCAGAAGUCAUAACAAUCCACCUGAAAUGCUUUGCUGCCAAUGGCUCAGAGAUGGACCCUUAUGCUGGCCUUUCCAAGGUGAACACACCUCUGCAGACCCCUCUCAAACUUUCACUGCACGAGUGGUGCACUCAGCCUGAUUCUCCAGACCAGAGCCAUCACUACGAGCUCUUCGCCGUGGUCAUGCACAGCGGAGUGACCAUCAGCAGCGGUCACUACACCACUUACAUCCGCAUGAUGGAUCUCCAUCAAACCAAUCUCAGGCCUCAACCUCAGGAUGAAGAGCAAGAUCGAGACCGAGAGGAAGACACGAAACAGAAGAAAGAGGAGGCCCCUCAAACAGAUUACGACGAUGGUGAGGUGUCUUUCAGCUUGCCCGGCAGGGGGCGCAAUGUGGCCAGAGCCAGCGCAACUAGCAUGUCCAGCAAAGCAGGAGGAAAGAGGUGCUCCGAGGGUGUUGGGCUUUUAGGGGGACAGAGGAGCGUCACCAGUUAUGAGCUCAGCAACAGCAAGCAAACCAAUCCAGAGAAGGCUACCAGCUUGGCCAGUCGUGCCAGCAAUACUCUGCUUCAAAACGCUGUGAAGAAAGAGAAUGAGGAAGAGGGAGCUGAUGCUAUGGGUGACGAGACCCCGGUGAGUUUUGACCUCGCUCUGCGAAACCUUUUGGACUUUGAGGGAAAGUGGAUGCUGUUUGAUGACUCCGAAGUAAGACUCUUUGAAGAAGAGGACUUCCUCCGAGCCUGUUCUCCUGAGACGUGCUCCACCUCUACGCCCUACCUGCUCUUCUACAAGAGAGUCUCUCAGUAAAAAUAGGUGAUUGGAUAUGGGAAUUCAUCACAGUUUAUGAAGUUUUACUGUUAAGACAUGGACUAUGAAAGUACGUCUGCAGGUAAAUGGAAAAGCAAGUCAGGAUGUGUUAAUAGUUUAUACAUACGUUUGUGUAACAAGUGUCAGUGGAAAGCUGAUGUAAAACUUUCAAGGCCAUGACAUUUGUUGCCACUUUUCCCCCUCUCUUUUACUGUUUUUGUACUUUGCUCUUUUCUCUUGUUCAGUGAGUCUAUGUCAUGUGCUCUUUUGUGACCCUCAUGCAAACGCACCUUGGCACUUAUAGUAGUGCAUGUGACAGUUUUCCUGUACUUUCAAACAUUCCCUAGAAGCUGUAAUGGAUGGCACAAACAUGAUUUUCUUGUGCACUGAUAUUUUAUAUUUUUUUAAAAGUUCAAUUAUCCUUGCUUUUUUGGGUUUUGUCUCAAGUAUGAAUUUGCAUUUUGACAUCCCUGUUUUGGAGGGUAUUAUUAAUAGCUUACAAAUCCAAAGUAGAUUUCACAUUAGUCUCUUAAUUUUUGAUACUAGAAGGCACAGGCGAUGUUUUGUUCCCUGCUGCAGUUAUGAUCUAGUAUUUGAUUAUUUGCACACAGAGAAUCAAAUUUAGUUCAGUAGUUGAUCUUGAAAAUACAGAGUGUAUUAAUUGCCUAUAAAUGACCACAGGUAUAAAGUGACCUAUUUUUCUAGUUUUUCAGCCAUACCUCAGUCCAGUCUAAGAAGCUUUUCUCCUUUUUCUAUGUUGUGAGCUGGCCCUGCCAUUACAGUUAGAUCUCUAUGAGUAAUAAAAUAAUUCAUGGAGAAUCUCUAAUACUACAUGGCAUUCUGUUGUAUAUUUUGAGGAGGGAGCAGAAAUUAUAAUAUUUUCUAUUAUUGGUUAUGUAGAUUCUCAUUUACCAUAUUAAAACACCAGCAUAUAAAAA